UAACCGUCACAUACGACCCAAUUUUUUGUUAUAGCCUCCAUGCCCAAUCAUACGUACAAUACACAUCUUCCAUAUAAUAUCACAAUCCUUGAAGCUAGGUCCAAAAAUAGAAGAUUGACAUUAGGCUUGGCAACAAAAAUAAAAAUGGAAGGAGUUAACCAACAAGGUGGGAAGAAGACAGAGAACAAGGGCAGAGGAGGAGGAGGAGGAGGAGAGGCCAAGUACCGCGGCAUACGGAGGCGGCCGUGGGGCAAGUACGCGGCGGAGAUUCGUGACCCAACCAGGAACGGCGCACGGUUGUGGCUUGGCACCUUUGAGACCGCUGAAGAGGCUGCUCGAGCUUAUGAUCGAGCCGCCUAUGAAUUGAGAGGCCAUCAAGCCAUUUUGAACUUUCCAAAUGAAUUUCAUUUCACGAACCCGGGUUCUGGGCCGGGUUUGGCUAGGUCUACGGUGGCAGUGUCGUCAUCGGUGUGUUCUUCUUCUUCUUCUGCCAAUGCCGGCAGAGAGGGGUUGGAAAUGGGGGGAGGAGGAGGAGAGGGAGUGCUUGAGUUUGAGUGCUUUGAUAAUGAGUUGUUGGAGGAGCUUCUUGGGAAUAAAGAGGAGGGGCGUGAGAAGAAAAGACCCAGAAUUUUGUAACUCCGUGCAUAAAAUUUGAUCAUAAAAUUAGAUAUAGUUCUCUUUCAUAUUAGUAUUUUUUUUAUAAUUUUUUUAAUGGCUUUCAA